GUCAGUAUAGUUACUACCAUCGUGAUGUGGGUUUCGCGAAGCUGGAUUUUUUUCUUAGUCCUACUAGAAGUUAUGGCUUUGAUGAAACUGACUAGCAGCAAGGUUUACCCAAAAGAAAUAAACCGGAAGACCCCCAAAAAUCGCCGGAUUUGGGGUGGCAUGGACUCAAAUACGGGACAAAAUUUUGGUGGUUGGCUUAUCCGAAUAAUUGAUAGCAAAGGUGAAUUUAUGUGCGGGGGAGCGUACUACUCACCGCUAUUAGUAAUCACCUCCGCAAACUGCAUUUACCCGUACCGGAAUAGUCUACAAGGCGUCUCAGCGGAGAGUACAGCAUUCUCAAAGUGCGAUCGCGAGAUAUAUGCGGAAAUCGAUACCAUUCACUUCCCGAAAAAGUUCGUUCACAACAAACGCUUCAUGGACGUAGCCUUGGUGCGACUGAAGGCCCCCCUUAAAGGUCGACUCACGGAGUUCAUUACGCUUUGCAACACGUCCUUAGUACCCGAACAGGGACUAAUGGUUUUUGGCUGGGGUUACGAUAGCAUGGAGGUCCAGAAGCCAUCGACAAAUCCCCGAAACGGAUUAGUGACCCUGAUGGCGAUGAAGACUUGCCGCCAAACUUUCGGAAAGGAGACUAUCCUGGCCAGCACCUCGAUAUGCAUCAAACAGCCCCGGAAUCCCAGGGAAUGCAUCUACGACGGGGGGUGUCCUUUGAUUUACAAAAACCAACUCUGUGGCGUAGUCUCCAUUGGAUCGCAGUGCCAGAACACCUCCUACCCGGGUAUUUACACCAACUUAUAUGAAAAACAGGUGAUGGACUUCAUUAAACAGACCGAAGAAGACAUCGAAGCAGGGAAAAUCUGGAGAAGUCCGGUCAAGCCAAGGCACUAUUGGGAUAAUGAAGAAACCCAGACUGAAGUUAAAUAUGACGUGCAGUCGAAAUUGAUUACCCCAGAUCCGUUGGAAGCAAUGGUCUGUUGAAUGGAAAUUCAAUGAAAUCCAUUCAUUCAAGUUCAUGAACAUUAAUUAAAAUGAAAAUAACUUAAAAUAAAUAACAGAAAAAUGUAGAUUUUAUUUAAAAUACUGCAUUAGCGGAAAAUUCUUAAAAAUG